AAAGCCUCGGAGAUAUUGUUACGUGUAUAUUAUAACGCCUAUUAAAGGAAAAGGGGGAGGCACGUCGGUCGGUCUACCAGAAAAGCCUUCUCCCCUCCUCAUUAUAAAAAGCAAUUUAUAGAAAACAAAGGAGAAGAAAGACCUCCUCCAUUUCUGGCUGCUCUUCAAGAAGAGGAGGAGGAGAAGUAAAGCAAAGAAAGCGAAAGGAGGGAAGCCGGCCGAGGGUGAAUGGCAAUGGCGAUGACAAUGGCAAUGUACAAGCCUAUUAAAGGGCAAGAGGAGGAAGAGAACGGGGAUAGAAACAAGUCCUUGAAAAGUAAUGAUGAAGAUGGUGUUGGGGGUGAUCAUUCAAUUGUGGAUGACAGCAAAACUUUUAUCCUCCCCACUCAUUCAAAGCAACAGCAUCAUCAACAACGACUGAAACAACAACAACAACAACGUCUUGUUUCUCUUGAUGUUUUUCGUGGCCUCACCGUUGCGCUAAUGAUACUUGUGGAUGAUGCUGGUGGAGUUCUGCCCGCUAUAAAUCAUUCACCAUGGAAUGGUCUGACACUAGCAGAUGUAGUCAUGCCAUUUUUCCUAUUCAUGGUCGGUGUUUCGCUUGGACUCACGUACAAGAAAUUGCCAAGCAAAGCUGUUGCAACUAGAAAAGCGAUCCUCCGGGCACUCAAACUUCUCGUCAUAGGUCUUUUUCUUCAAGGUGGCUUUCUUCACGGUCUGAACGAUCUAACUUUUGGAGUUGACAUGGUACAAAUAAGAUGGAUGGGUAUCUUGCAGAGAAUAGCAAUAGGAUAUUUAAUAGGCGCCAUGUGUGAGAUUUGGCUAAAAGGUGAUAAUCAUGUUGCUUCAGGAUUAUCCAUGCUGAGGAAAUACCAGCUUCAAUGGGGCGCGGUUGUUGUCCUUGUUAGUUUAUAUCUUUCCUUGUUAUAUGGGUUGUAUGUUCCUGACUGGGAGUAUGAGAUUCCAGUUGCAGCCUCUUCUUCCUCCCCAAAGAUCUUUCGGGUGAAAUGUGGUGUAAGGGGCACCACAGGAUCUGCUUGUAAUGCUGUUGGAAUGAUUGAUCGUACAGUUUUGGGAAUUCAACACCUGUAUAGAAAGCCUAUUUAUGCACGAACGAAGGCAUGCAGUAUCAAUUCCCCUGACUAUGGCCCACUACCACCAGAUGCUCCUUCAUGGUGUCAGGCCCCUUUUGAUCCUGAAGGACUCCUGAGUUCAGUAAUGGCCAUCGUUACCUGCUUGGUUGGUUUGCAUUACGGGCACAUCAUUGUCCAUUUCAAGGAACACAAGGAUAGAAUCCUUCACUGGAUGGUCCCUUCUACUUGUUUUGUAGUCUUGGGUCUGGUCUUGGAUUUGUCAGGAAUGCAUGUUAACAAGGCUCUUUACACAUUCAGUUACAUGUGUGUCACUGCGGGUGCUGCCGGCAUUGUAUUUACUGGAAUCUAUAUGCUGGUUGAUGUCUGUGGAUUCAGGCGCCCAACAUUGGUACUAGAAUGGAUGGGAAUGCAUGCAUUGAUGAUUUUUAUCCUUGCAACUAGCAAUGUCUUACCAGUUGUCAUGCAGGGAUUUUACUGGAAGCAGCCUGGAAACAACAUUCUUAGGUUGAUUGGAAUUGGAAGAUGAAAGGAUAACAGACUGGAUAGUUUACAACUUUUACCACACUAGUUUACUUUCCAGUGCAUUAACACCCGAAAAACUUCAUCACAACAUAGUUCAUCUUCGGCUAGCUGUUGUAAAUACUAAUAGAGAAUGUCAGCACAAGGUCUUUCUACAAUGGGAAGGGGAAAAUUGCUCUUCCAUCUCUCUCCUCUUAUUUUAGGAGCUUUUGUUUACUGAUUCAUUCAGUUUAUUUUUGUUUUUCUCUAUAAUACUUAUAUAUGCAGUGUUAUAUAAUGGGAACUUUGAGAUCAUAAA